AUGCCUGUAACAGGAGAUACUUCGUCGUCAACAAUUAAAGAUAUUCCUGAUUCUACACUCUGCCCGGUAUGCACAGCUCCCGUUGAAAAAUUCAUGUCGUUUACCUGUGACGGUUGCAGCCGGCCGGUGCACUUCUCGUGUUUGGGGCUGUUACCGGAGGAUAAAACGUCUUGUGAGCGUCUACAGCGAUACUCUGCCCAAGUGAAAUUUUUAUGUGCAGAUUGUAAUGGGAAUGUCGAAGUCAGAUCAGUAAUUCAAAGCAUAGUGUCAUGUGAGACUGAGAAAAUAUUGCAAGAAGUAACUAAACUUAGAGUGGAAGUUGAUAAUUUGAAGCAAUCUAAUAUUGAUUUGGUGCGAUUGUUAACUAAUAGUACUAAUAGUGGUGAUAAAGCAAAGGACAGUGGGUCAUAUGCAGAUAAAUCUAUAGAACGUACUGUUACACCAUGCGAAAUCAAGUACUUACGCUGCGCCUAUCAAAAUGUUAGAGGGCUAAGAACUAAAACUGCUAAUUUUUUUAAUAAUGUUGCAUCUUCUAAUUUUGACGUGAUAGCGAUUUCUGAGACCUGGGCAACUGAAGAUCGCGAUCCAAUUAAGAGUGGUAUGGCAAGAGGUGGGGGUGUACUAUUAGCAAUUAAUUCUAAGUUACGAUGUUCUGAAUUAGAUCUCUCCUCUAUAUAUGAUACAGUUCCAAGUAUCGAUAUUGUAGGUGUAAAAUUGUUAUGUAAAAACUUUCGUUUGGAUAAUAUAGUUAUUGUAGGUGAUUUCAACAUCUCUGGUUUUAUGGAAGGAUCUGAUGACCGUUUCAGCUGUUUAUUAAAUAAUUUUAUCAAAUUUUGUAAUACUCGUCAGUAUAAUAAUGUGUACAAUUUCUACAACCAUAUUUUAGAUCUUGUAAUCUCCAAUGUUACGUGUAGUGUCUUCAAACUACUAUCUCCUUUUGUGAAAGAGGAUCUUUAUCAUCCAGCUCUAUUUUUUAAUUUAAAUUUAAUAGCUGAUGUUCUUCCUCAAUUUAGCAUGAAUGACCAGGCUGAUUCAUUUAAUUUUAAGAAGGCAGACUUUCAAAGUAUGUAUCAAUUAUUUUUAGAUACGGAUUGGUCCUCCUUGUUUAAAGCUAACACAGUUGAUGGAGCAUGCUCAAUUUUGUAUGAAUUAAUUAAUAGCGUCUUUCAAGUAACUGUUCCUAAGUUGCGGGUCAAAACAAGACAACAGCAUUAUCCUCCUUGGUUUAACGUUGACAUUAUCUCGUUGUUACAGUAUAAGAGAUUGGCGUAUAAACAGUACAAGAAACUCAAAACUACUGAAUCCUUUAAUAAAUUCAAGUUCUAUCGCUCUAAUAGCAAACAAGCCAUAUUUAACUCUUACAAAAACUAUGUGGCGGAUAUUGAAAAUCGUCUCCAUGAAGAUCCUAAACGUUUUUGGGGAUUUAUUCAAAGUAAAAAAGGCACAUCGCGAAUACCUAGCACUAUGAAAUAUAAUAACUGUAAUUUUGAUGAUCCAAAUCUCAUUGUAGAUGCGUUUUCGGACUACUUUAAUUCUGUUUAUGUUCCAUCUGAUCCAUCUGUUAUAGCAGAUAAUUUUGAUAUUCGUGAGAUCGGUUGUGUCUCACCUCCCCAAAUAUUAGAAGAAGAUGUGUUUAAUGCAUUAAAGAACUCUAAAAAUACACUAACCAUGGGUCCGGAUGGUAUUCCAAAUUUUUUGUUGAAAGAUUGCGCUUCUGUUUUCGCACAGCCGUUGGUAUAUAUAUACAACUUAAUAAUAAAAACUUCGACCUUCCCUGCGAUGUGGAAGGCGGCUUUAAUAUGUCCGGUUCUGAAAAAAGGUGAUAAAGCGGACGUGAAAAAUUACAGGCCUAUCUCAUUACUUUGCAAUUUUGCCAAGAUUUUUGAAGGUAUAUUAUACAAACAUAUUUAUUCAGCGGUCAAAGUAUAUAUUAGUCCAUCUCAGCAUGGGUUUAUGGAUAAGCGGUCCACUAUCACGAAUCUAGUCUGCUUUACACAGUUUACAUCAGAAGCAAUUGAUGACAGAAAACAAGUUGAUGUGGUGUACCUUGAUUUUCUUAAGGCAUUUGAUCAAAUCGAUCAUUACAUUUUAUUACUCAAGUUAAAAUCAUUUGGAUUUACAGAUGCACUCCUCAAUUUGUUUAAAUCUUAUUUAUUAAAUCGUGAUCAAUGCGUUAGGUAUAGAUGUUAUACGUCAAAAAAAAUAUUCCCUAGUUCUGGUGUACCGCAGGGGUCGAAUUUGGGCCCAUUGCUGUUUUUACUGUUUAUCAACGACAUUUCAAAUGUUGUGUCUGUUGAUAGCCUGCUAUUUGCUGACGACUAUAAAAUUUAUAAAGUAAUCACUUCUGUGGAAGACUGCAUUGCCCUCCAAUCCGAUCUUGAUAACAUCUUUCAAUGGUGUUUAAGAAAUCGACUCUAUUUGAAUAUUUUGAAAUGUUUAGUUGUGUCGUAUUCUCGCAAGAAGUCAACUUUGUGUUUCCAGUAUUUAAUCAAUAACACAAACUUAAAACGCGUUAUGAAUAUUACUGAUCUUGGUAUUUUAUUUGAUGAGAAAUUCACGUUCGUUCCACACAUUAAUCAGUUGGUUGCUAAAGCGCAUAAAAUCUACGGCUUCAUUUAUAGAAAUGGUAAGGAUUUCACAAAAGUACAAACUCUGAAAAUUUUAUUCUUUGCGUUAGUCAGAUCUCAGUUGGAGUACGGUUCGAUUGUAUGGCAACCUAUCUAUCAAGUCCAUAUCAACCGCAUUGAGUCGGUUCAGCGUAUGUUUCUUAAGUUUCUGUCAUAUUGUGAAGAUGGAGUAUAUCCUCAAAGGGGAGUGCAUCAGUCUCUUCUUCUGAACCGAUUUAAUAUCAAUUCACUAUUCAAUAGAAGAAUUACAGCUGGAGUCAAAUUCAUUAUUAAUUUAAUCAACAACAAAAUAGAUAAUAUAUGGCUAACAG